AGGGAAGGGGAGUCAAUUUGGGAAACAAAGGAUUUCUGCUUUAUCUAAAUCCUAUUUAAGGGUGGGGAGGAAGGCAAAUGAGACUCCUCCUCUUCAUGGCCUAUCUACCCAAGAAGAAAGCCUGUGUGCUUGACUGAAAGAGGCUUGUGAGCUUAGCCUGUCAAGGAGGGUAAAGGGGACCCAGGUUGGCAGAAUAAGCUGACUCGGUGGCACCUCAGCACAGCAGGUGGCACCCCAAAGGGCCCAAACCCAUCACAGUGGUGUAGUCGGCAGGAUAGCGUGCACAGAUUAUUGCCCUGAAACACUGGUGGUGAUUUUAAGUGAGUUUUAAGUGUGGUGACUAGAGAACAGACAAAGUGGUUACUGGUUUGUUGUUUUCUGUUUGCUUAUUUUGGGCAAGAGAAUUAGGGACAGGAAAAAACAGCAAAAUGAGUGAAAGUGAAGCUACGAAAAAGUUGGAGCUCUGCAGAUUUCAGGCAGCAGAAAACAAGAAAGAGCAUAAAAGACAUUUGGAAUUACAAGAAGCAGAAAAUGCUGGGGAGAAAGCAGCCCAUGAGGGCCAUGGAAGCCCAGAAGCAAGCCCUGGAAUUGAAAGUCAAAGAAAUUGAGGCCCAGAAAGCAACCAUGAGAGGGCAUGGAAUUGAGGCAGCUCGAGGCUGACAGGGAAAGGGAAGAUCGGAAGCACGAACUGGCUGUAAUGGAGUGGAUGAGACGGAGCCCCACACCAGGGGGCGCCACCUCUCCAAAAAUCCACAAGUGGGAGUGAUUAUGUCUACUAUAUAGUGAAUCUGGUGAUGUUGCUGAAUAUUUCAUCACCUUUGAGAGGCUGUGUAUGCUCCAUGCGAUUCCUGAUGAUCAAAAGAUGACCACUUUGGUUGCAAAAUUGACUGGGAGAGCUCUGGACAUAUUCAAUAAGAUGCCCAUGGGUGAUGCUUCCAAUUAUAGUAAAUUGAAACUGUUUCGUCACUGUCUUCUAGCAGUCCUAUAACACCAACAGACUUGAAUAAUUCUUGGUCUGGAAUACAAAGCUAUACUACUGGCUUGUCCACUGAAAGAAGCUCAAUUUAUUCUUGGAGGGAUGAUGAAUUUGACAAAGCUAAUACACAAAGAGUGCAUCAGUCAUUCUGGGAUGUGGAUGAAAUGUUGUUUGAAGGAAAAGUGAGUUCUCAAACCCAGAGUCUGCAGGCAGAAUGUAAAGACUGGACCAAACGGUCUCUUCAUCUGAGGAUUUUAGGAAAACAGCUCCUUUUUCCUAGAGAUGAAGGCUUUCAGCAUUUUCAGAGCAGAACGACUUGCUCGGUGUACACCAAAUCUUUAUUUGGCCUCUGUGAAAGCACUAGCAACACAAAAGAGCUGUGCAUUUCGGGAUCUAAACUAGUUCCAAUAGCAUCCCCAGUACACAAAUCAUUAGACUGUGGUUCCCCAAGGAUUUCUGUUUCUGACUCAUCUGAGUAUUCAUUCCUGGAAGAAGAAAUCUAUGAGGUGGAUGGAAAAAUUGAAGAGUAUCUUGCUUUUGACAACAAGGAGCUUGAUGAUGAGAGUUUGGAACAAAAGAAAGCCCAGCUUGCUCGAAAGAGGAAUAAACGUGGCAUUCCUCCUGUUUCUCCCAAUGCCUGUAUCAAAGAUGCAGUGGCAGCUGAAGUGUUUGAUGGUGUCUGGAGCAAUAUAGUUGAAAUAUUGGAGGAGCUGAUUAGAAAAAACUGGGAAACUGCUAUCACAGAGAAUGAUGAACAGGUGGAGAAAUUGAAAGCUAUUACAAGUAAAUUGCCACAUCUACUAGUCUCCCGUAUUACAGCAGAUACAGCAAGUGUCCCCCCAUCAAGAGGCUCUGAGGCACGAAGCACAUCUUUUGGUUCACAUUUUGUUCCAUCUCAGGUUCACCGUUUCUCCAGCAAUUUUUAUAGUGAUUUGAAUGGCGUCAUGACAAUUCAAGCUAAACCACUCCAACAGAGGCAUGCAGGCUUGGCAGACAAGAUACAGAAUGAACAAGAAGACAAACAACAUAACGUAGGCUCCAGUGUUCUCAACUCAGUGCGGAAUCGGCGGGGGCGAAUUACUGAUAACAGUAUUCUCUCAUCAUCUCGGGUACUGCUGGCAUCUUCUAGGAAAAUGCCAACCCAUCGUAGGCUACCAUCUCUCACUUCAGACCCACUAUGUUCAAAGACUCCUAAUGUGUACAGUGAUGAAGUCCUUAGGGGAACUAAACUGUAUACUGGCUUAGAUCGCUUGUCCUCUCCACUUGUACAUACAGCCCGGAACAAGUUACCACCAAUAAACACAGAGGCUGUUGAACAGUAUCUUUCAGUACCUGGAUCACGGCAAGGCUUUCAUAGAGGGCGGUAUCCUCAUAGUAGAGUGUCAAGUGCAGUACCUGACAGUACAGAGCGACGACCACUUAGAGAACGAACUGUCAUUAUUGAUCAGUUUUCAAGACCCAACACAACUCACACAUUCAGGUCAGACACCCCUCAUAAAAGGUCGUUGACGCCCAUGGAUUUUGCUAACAAUACAUGGACAGGUCAAGGCUUUUUAACAGGCUCACAACAUUACUCCAAAUCCUUUCAAAGAAAUCCAUCCACUUCCAGGAAGAGAUUUCAAGUAGCCUCUUAAUACAACUUUGAAAGAGAGAGAAAAUCCAUGGCAGUAAAUGGAGGACUAUACUUCUCGGCCUAUUAGCUACCGUCACAAAGAAUAAAGAAAGAGUACUGCAGCAUACUGUAUGCUGCUUCGUCUUCCAGUCCUGGGCAUAUGUGUAUGGCCUUGUUCAAAAGUAGCAUCAGCAGAGACUGGAACAAAAUGAAAGAAAAAGAAAAUAAAACCAAUGGUUUAAAUCUGGACUGUAGGAAUUUGGUGUCUUUCCAGGGUAAAGAUGAGGCCACUGUCUCUUUCACACACAUACACUGACUUAGUCCUUCGUUUGGGAAGCAACUUCAUAGUUCUGCUUCUCUGUUGGCAGAAGCAAGUAACAACCUGCUCAAAUCCCUGUAGCUGUAUUCCCCUUCCCCUCUCCAGUGUUACAGGCAUUUUGGAUUGUCCCUGCACUGAUUAUGUACAAAGUUAAUGCCUUUUUAAAUAAGAGUUUGUACUACCCAGUGUUUAUCCCUAUUAUGCCCUUUCUCUUUUCUAGUGUCAGACUUUUCCUAUUGCUCUUUGUAAAAAUUGCCUGUCCCUAGCCUUUCUUCCUUGUUUAAUUUAUCUUCAUCUGAACAGUGAUUAGAGAGCUGUAUUUCAUUCAUUAUUAGUAAUUAAGCUGUUCAAUAUGUUAAGUGUUCUGUAGCUCAAAUGGAAUUGGUCUCAGGAAACAACAGUUGUCUUGUUAGGCUGAAUUAUUCCAUACAUUCUCAAGAUUUGAACCUGCUCGCUGACCUGUGAAUAAGACAGUUCUCACUUACCAACCCAGUUAUUAUUGAAGUUUUUUAAUGUCACAUACUAAUGUAAAACCUAAUAAAAAUUCCUGUAUCUAA